ACAAAACAAAAAAAACACCCUUUUUUUAUUCUGUUCCAGAAACAUGCGAAGGGACAGGAGUUAUUUGACCAGAUUGUGUAUCAUUUGGACCUUGUGGAAACUGAUUACUUUGGCUUACAGUUCAUGGAUGCUUCCCAGGUUACACAUUGGUUGGACCAUUCUAAAUUCAUUAAGAAACAGAUAAAAAUUGGACCUCCGUACACACUGCAUUUUCGAAUUAAAUACUAUUCAUCAGAACCGAACAACCUUCAUGAGGAGUUUACAAGGUACCUGUUUGUAUUACAGCUCCGACAAGACAUUCUUUCAGGGAAACUGAAAUGCCCUUAUGAAACGGCUGUUGAACUAGCAGCUCUAUGUCUUCAAGCUGAACUGGGAGAGUGUGAACACCCAGAGCACACACCAGAACUUGUGUCUGAAUUCCGGUUUGCACCAAACCAGACUGAAGCAAUGGAAUUUGACAUCUUCCAGAAAUGGAAAGAGUGCAGGGGAAAGAGUCCAGCACAAGCUGAACUGUGCUACUUGAACAAAGCCAAAUGGCUAGAAAUGUAUGGUGUAGAUAUGCAUGUAGUUAAGGGAAGAGAUGGUUGUGAAUAUGCUCUUGGACUGACACCAACGGGCAUAUUGAUCUUUGAAGGAGCAAAUAAAAUAGGCUUAUUCUUUUGGCCUAAAAUCACAAAAAUGGACUUUAAAAAGAGCAAACUAACACUAGUGGUCGUGGAAGAUGAUGAACAGGGCAGAGAGCAAGAGCACACAUUUGUUUUCCGGUUAGACAGUGCCAAAACGUGCAAACAUUUGUGGAAAUGUGCAGUGGAGCAUCAUGCUUUCUUCAGACUGCGAGCCCCAGCAAACAGUAAAUCUAGUAGAUCUGACUUCAUAAGGCUGGGAUCACGCUUCAGAUUCAGUGGACGGACAGAGUAUCAAGCAACACAUGGGACAAGAUUACGCAGAACUAGUACGUUUGAAAGGCGGCCCAGCAAGCGAUAUCCUUCUCGAAGGCAUUCGACGUUUAAAGCAAACAAUCCUGUGAAAGCAGCACAACUGUGUGCUAAAAAUCCUCCUGAAGUCCACAACUACCAGCCACAGUAUCAUCCUAAUAUACAUCCUGCUCAGCCACACUGGCACCCACAUACACCUGUGAAUGUAAGCUAUCCCUUGAACAACAGCGACCUGCACCAGUUCAACAUUGAGGAGAAUGGCGGAGCACCAUAUGCUGCAAAAAUGCCUGCGAGGCACCACCACCACCACCGCCAUCACCACCACCACGCUAACUACGGCGCCCUUGCUCCCGACAGCAAAGACAUUGUUUCUGGAGUUCCAAACCCUAAUAAAUUGAGCUCAGGACUUCCCCUUCUUUAUGAUGAAACCUCUCAUCUGAAGAAAAUAGAAACGGAGAGUGUGAAGGUAGUUGGACCAUGGCCAGCCCUGCACGUCAGCAUGAACAAGGUUGAAGAGAAAAAGGUACCUGAAAAGACUCUUCAUCCCCCUGUGUCACCUUCCUCUGUCCCUGAUCAUAUGAAGUGCAACAUUCUUAAAGCUCAAGUAGAAGCUGCUUUCAGAGUAGGCACCCAGGCUGUGAAAGAAGAGACUUCUUUUGUAAAUCCCAGUAAGACCUCCAGCCUGCAGGACCCUAAUGUAAGAAGUCCAGCUCCAGUGCGACCUGAAACUACGCCAUCAUCUGGCCCUACAGAAAAGCAGGAAAUUAAAGUUUCUCGUGUGAGGAAGUUAACAAGACAGUACAGCUUUGAUGAAGAUGACCUUCCUCCAGCACUGGCAGCAGCAGCAGCAUCAACAUCUGUGUCUUCAGCAUCUCCUGGGUCACAGAAAAUGUGCACACCACAGACAUCAGAAGGACAAACACAGCUUUCGCCUGGUGGCAAGAGUUCCACAGAUGCUGGAAGUACUUUUGCUCUGGAGCCAGGUGACCUUCUGAUGGAUUUCACAGAGGCCACACCUAUGAUAAAGACAUUCCCUGCUGAUACAUCUAAUCCUUUUUUCGAUCCUUUUACAACAGUACCACAGUUUUCUGCGGAGUUCACAGACAGCAAAUUGCAGUGCUGUGCGGUACAGUCGUCUCCCAAGCUUUCGCCGGUACCGAAAUCUCCAGUUCUGAGAUCCCUGGCAGAGCCUGUGCCAACUCCAACAGUGCAGACAAUAUACACGUCACAUAAACCGAUAUCGCUGGCGGACAGCGCUGAGACUCUGAGGCGUGAACUUGAGAGAGAGAAAAUGAUGAAAAGACUCCUGAUGACAGAAUUAUGAAAUUCUCGCUUCCGUCUGAUGGAGAAUGGAUUGGGGCCUUUCAUGUGCCUUCUGUCUGUUUACAUUCCUCUGCUUCUGUGUACUCAACAUAAUGCAUCGGGAAAACGUGUGAUAUUCCUGACUCGCCUGGAUUCACUACGGUUGGUUAAAAUUCAGUCUUGGCUAGACUUUAACUUGAAGGAGUUUCUUUAUUCGUUUGCUGCUGGGAAAUAAACCUUCAAUCCUUUCUCUCUCCUGAGAUUUUAUACUAUUAACACAGUUAAUUUCAGGUUUGGUUUUGGUAAAUCUAGGGCAAAAAGGAUCAGCAAGGAGCAAACUGAUCUCUAUUGGGAAACACUGUUCUGUACAUAUGUUAAUAAGUGCACAGAAAUUAAUGUUAUGCAGAAUAUUUUGAUAGUAACAUAGAAAAUAUGUCAUUUUGUACAACUGAAAAUUGCAAUGAGCUACCGCUAUUUGUUAAAGAACCGUUUUUAAAGCAGAAGAAUGAUUAUUACAUCCUAACCCCAGGACUGUUAGUCUCCACAGAAAAACGAGUGGCUGUCUUACUAAAUUCCUAACCUUAACCUUUACUCAGAGAUACAAAUAGCUGCAGGGGGAGGACACCCCUCCACACAGGUAUACACACCCAACACUCCUCAUAGUCUGCCUUCUCAACCUCAAUCUGAAACUAAAUCUUACUUUAUUUCCAUUAAUGAUUAAAAAAAACAAAAAACCAAAAAAAACAGUUGUUUAAAGCAAUUUGCUACUGACUCUCUAGCUUGAUACUGACUUUUUGUAACUUGGUGGGAAGUUCCAGCUUCCCCACGUCGCUGGGCACUCAGGCUUGCCCAUAAGUAGAUGGCUCUAGCUACAGAGCUUGGGCAGCACGAGUACAGCUGGCACAGCCAGGGCGCUUCCCCUCUCCGAUCCACCUUCCUGCUGCAUUGAUUUAUCGAUCACAUUAAAAAUAAUACAAAUAGUUUGUGGCACAGGGUUGGGUGGGUGUUCUCAUCAGCGGGACCGCAGCCUCAAGGAGUGUGUUGUGGUAUACAGGUAAUAUGACCAACAGUUUCCUAAAUUUUAAAAAGCAGUUCUCCAUUUCCCCCUGUCCAGCAGUGCAGGGUUGCCUACAAAGCUACUAACAACUGACUGUCAGCUACAAGAUACUAUUCCAACAGGAAAGCUUUUGUGCGUUUUGUAUGGCUGAAGAUGUAUAUUUUUCUGUUACUCUGUACACUGUGUUCUCUGGUUUGUACUAAGAUAAAAGAUUGUCCUUAAUUUGAUACUGAUUACGAUGGCUUUAUCUCAGCUUAACCCGUUCGUUUGUGUGGAGGCUGGGAAGUGAUUGCUGUGAGACUGAGUUUCCUUCAGUUAGUUGUGCUCUUCUGCUUUCUCUUCUUCGAGAGGAGAAAUCUUGAGAGCAUCACACGACUGUGGAUUGCAAUGUUAGAGGUAUAAAAUGACUUGUCUAUCUUAGAUUUACUGGGACAAGAAACUAGCAUGAGGCUUCCCAGUUAAAAUCCAGCACCCCAAACCUUUCCGGUUACCAUGAAAUGGGGCCAAAUAAACACUACAACUGUGAGAUAGAAACCCGCAAUGCAAAAUGCAGUGAUGUAGCUCAACAUCAGGAAUGGGCACAAGGAGUCAUAGAAACACACCUGGACUGCAGAUUUCAGAGCACUCCGAUGACAUUGCUGGGUAAUCAGACACAACCCGUAUGCUGUCUGUCUUCUGGUUAUGGUGCCAAGGCGUUCCUAUUCCUUAUGUUUUCAUGUACCUCUCCAUCAGUCUGAGGUUAUUAAAAAUGAAUUAGGAGCAUUAAAUUGCUGUGAAGAGAUCAGAAAGGAAGGGAACAUGCAACACACAUCAAAGUCUGCAUCUUCUGUCUCCCAUUUCUCCUUGCUUACCACUUCCCAAAAGAGGGAGGAGCAGCAGCACCUUUGUCCACAUCCAAACAGAACUGAGCACUGGAAAGAACAAAUAAACAAAAACUCUAAUUAGAGAUGCUGUUUCAGGAAAGUAAAGAAGGUUUGCAAAUGGCACAGCACUGACCCUAUCUGGACCUGAUCUGCUGCCUGCAGUUAGGCAGCGCCCACUUGCGUGUGAUCUUAUGGCUGUUUCACAAAGUCAUCACUGAGGGAAAACAAAGGAAAUCAAAUUUGAGUGCACACUUUGGUUGUACUGAUUGCCUUGGAAUGGACAUUGAGAACCCUGCAAUGUGCCUUCAGGUCUGGGGGUAAACAUCCAGUUCCCUGCAUUAGGGCAGUCUGGUCACAUAUGCAAAAGCCUUUAGUAAAAUGGAAUGCCUGACUCAGACCAGCCCUUCUGAUUUUCUUGCUCAUCAACAAGCUAUUAGUUUAUUCUUUUAAGUGCAGCCUUUUACUCCUGUUGUCUAAAAAUUCUUACGCUAAAUUAUUCAGAACCAGAAAACAAAAAAUGUGAACCAAGGUGACUUUGCAGUGGCCGUGUCCCCACAGCUGGGGCUGCUCUGGCCUAGCUGAGCUCCUCGGUCCCCUGAAAUGGAGAGGGAAAGGCUCGUGUGGUCACUCAGUACCAGUGGGGCAUUUCCCACCAAAAACCCCCACAUACGUUGCCUUGUCUUGUUCUAGUGUCUUAUCUACUGGCUGCCACUGUUUCCUAUUCUGCAGUCUAAUGGAGCUCUAUUUAACGCAUUAGGCUGAUACUGAACUAAACUUUUAGCUGCAGAAUGUCAUCAUGCUGUUCUUUCUUACUAUGUAUUUUCUUCAGCCAUGCCUAAGCAUUUCAGUUUCUACAUCCUUUGAAUAUCAAACACUCCUGCCUUGCCUCCAGUUGGAAAUCAUAACUUUAGGACACCUGCGAUCCAAACUACAGCAAACAAGACAACGUCAACAUGAACAUACACUGGGGGCAUAUAGUCUAGGUUUGCCCCUAGGCUUUAACUUUACAGGUGUGAAAGGAUACUCUGCCUGAAGGAAUGUCUAUAAAAUAGUGCAGAAGUAUCUGAGCUAGCUUUAAUGAGCUUGCAUAUGUAGUUGUGGCAGCAUGAAGCCCAGCACAGGCUAUCAUUAUCAUGUACAUUGACACAUGUAAAGAUAACACGUUUAAACAGCAGCCUUCUGAAGCAUGGUCUCCAGAGCUAGUGACAGAAUGGGGUGGCUGGAAGGAACCUGCCCUCCAGCCCUCCAGGGACAGGAUUCAUCUCACCUAAUGCUAUAUGUCCAGCUCUCACCUGCAGAGAGAUCCAAGGGACUGCCUUCCAGAGAUGCCUCUGACUUCAAUGUCUACCUUUAAAUUGCUUACAGUUAAGUGAGAUGAACCCUGCCCUCUGUCCCUCUGGUUAGGCCUACAUUGCAAGCCCUUGCCAACAAGGCUACACCAUCCAGGGGUCCUUUGAGAUUCAAUUUGUGACCAGCGUAGCUCUGUAAGCGAGACCUAGCUCAUUAGAUGUAAAUAUGCCACUGAAAUAUGCCCUGUUGUCAGAACAGCUUUCUUCCCUCGUGGGGGGAGCAAAGAGCCGGGACAGCCGCUACUGGCUGGAGCUGGGAGGCAUCAGCUGGUGUUAUGAGACCAGGACAGCUGGGGAUGCCUCCUGUAUGCUAAUACUGGCAAGGCCUCUGGGGCUUCUGGCUUUCAGCAGAGCCCAACAGGGUGCCCUGACCUGGCAGGCAGAGCUCUGCUUUCAGGAGUGAAGUUGCCAAUGGGCAGAAUGCAAGGUUGUCAUGCUUCGGCGAUUCAAGCAAAAUUUAGCGGCCAAUUCAGCAGCUAUGGAAGGAGUUAAAUAUUUUCUCCUAUUGCAAUCUCUUAUGGAAACCAACCAAUCGUGGCUCAUUUUUGUGUGGUUCAGGUGUUUUCACUAUUUUGUUUAAAAGGGGAUAACCGGGUUUUUGAGAUCCCUGGUCUCAAUUGGAUCCCACCCUGUGUGCAGAUCUCUCACGUUCAAAUGCACUCAGCCCCUGGAAAUGCAGUGUUUGAAAAUUAACUCCUGGGAAGCUUAAGCUCGUGGCUUCACAUCUCUUUUGACACAGGACCCUAUGUGCUCAUGAAACAGAGCUGGCAAUGCAGGGAAAUGUUUCAUUGGAGGCAGCACCAUGGUUUGUUUGAACUGUUUAUGAAUAUCAUUUGUUUUUCUUUUCUUUUUUUCUGUUUAUUCUUCUGAAUACAUUUCUGGUUCAUUGGCUACAAAAACCUACUCGUAAUUAUGCAACGGAAUAUUGUUUCCUUCUUUUCUUCUAUUUUCUUUAUUUCUAUUUUUUUAAUUUUGAUGUCCUGAUGUUUAAGGAGUUUGCAAUAAAUAUACUGGUGCUGAUCUGUAAUUGCAUGUAAGAUCAGCCUCACAACUGUGUUUUGUAAAGUUAAGUGCCGUAAAAGAACCCAUGAGAAGGAGAAGGAAGAGAGGGAGUGAGGGGAGGAGAAGGCUUCUCUGGCAGCUGCAGCCUGGGCUGGUGGGCAGCAGCUUUAAGGAAAGAUUGCUCACCCCGUUUCGUUCCAUCUGGGUAGCAGCAUGUAUCACCAGACAGUGUGUGAUGGCAUUUUGUUGAAAACAUGCCUGGAGAGAAACUUUUACGGCUCAGCUGUUUACCUGUUCCUGUAUUCAUGCCUGCAAUAAAUGAGAUGAAAAAUAAAUCACGGAGUCUGAGCAAUU